AUGGCCGAUGAUGCGGCACGUCGGGCAUAUGUGGCCCAGCAUGUCAGUGCCGAUCUUGUCUAUGUAUGGGAGGAAAUGGGCGUAAGUUUGCUGCAUCAGCGCGAGCUCGGCGAGCGCUACCGCAGUGUUGCCCUGUUUUCUUCCAUUGCCGAUACGAGAGCGGAUGCGCGGACCGCGCUGCGGGCUGAGGUGACUGUCGCUGAUAAUGCUGACGGAAGGGCGGCAGUGGCAGGUCUGGUAGCAGCAUGGCAGAGCUGCUACGACAUGGCAGAUCAAGAGGACAAUCGGGACAUUUCAACAACACUGGCAGAGGUCAGAACGGAUGCUGCGCUGAAGGAGACCUACUUUGUGGGUCCGUUGGCGCUGGAGCUAGCUAGUCGGGGGUCUUCGUCCACGGCCCCGCCUCCGCCAGCAAAGUGGCCUCGGCUUCAAGACCAUGUACCAGGUGCUGAAGGGAGUGCAAAGGGCAAGGGUGGCAAGGGCCGCGGCAAAGGGGGUAAAAACAGCCUCCGUAUCGGCUAUCCUUCGGCCAGAGGGUUCGUGUCCAGCAGCACGCCGGAUGGGCGACAGAUCUGCUAUGCUUACAACAAUGGUUCGUGCAAGGGCGAUUGCGGUCGAGUGCACGUCUGUCAGUUGUGCUUGAAGCCUCACCCUCGUAAAAGCUGCAAACUGCAGAAAGAGAAGGGUGGUGCAGAGGCGGUCGCCGUCAUUCCAAUGUCCGGGAAUGCUUGCAGCGAGAAGCCAAAUCACUUGGAGGCUAAUUUCGGGGUGCUGAAGUGCUUCGAAAUUUGUUUCAUUCGCCUUGAGCUUUGUAAGUCAUUCCUUUUUGAGCACCCGGAACAACUGGGCGCGGUUAACGACUUCGUUCCUGCUUCAGUCUGGGACUUUGAUGAGUUCAAGCAGCUUCUACUUCUGGAUGGGGUGCAGACGGCGGCCUUCUUUCAGUGUCAAUGGGAGCACCUUCGAGUAAGCCCACUCGCCUUUUAUGGAGCCGUCUCGAUUGGUGCGAAGCUGCACUGUUCUCUGGGCCGCCGCAGCUUGCGGCGGAGGGACGCUAUCGCGGUCCUCUUCCACCCUCUUGUGGUCAUCGUCACGACCGCUCAUUACUGGGGAAGGAUGCCGCGGGUGAUUGGUCCACCGCCUCGGCCGUUGGAGCAGGCCACUUGGGAUUCUGGGGACGCAUCUACUUUUGGGCGCAGGCCGUUGGAGCAGGCCACUUGGGAUUCUGAUGCCUCCUCGGACGAGGAGGGUCCGAAAGAUGUUUUCGAGCUCUCGUCCUUGCGUCUGGAGCUACCAGCGGGAUCUUGGCCUCCGGCAGGCCAAACUUCGGAUGCUGAAAGCUUCGCGGCUCGGCUCCUCAAGAAGGGCAGGGUCACUGUGGAGGACUUCGAAAGGCUCUGUGGUCUUCUUCCGUCGGACCCCGAGGUCCGCGCUACGGCUGGGGACCUGACCUCUAAGACUUUCAUGAGUGGCUUCUUUCAGCAUGGCGGGGUCAUUGGGCUUCGCACGCACGUGUCCAGUCAUCCCUGGGUUACGGCACUUCUUUGUGGGAUCCUUCGUGCUGCACUUCCAGGAUACACCUUUACUUCGGUGGUGGUGUCGAGGAACCGCCAAGUGCUUCCACAUUGCGACAGCCAGAAUGGUGCCAACACUUGGAACCUCCUGGUCCCGGCCUCCCGAUUCAAGGGCGGAGGGGUCUGGCAGGAAGUGGAUGACGGAUGCGAACCCAUGGAGUACGAAGGCGAGCAACGCUGGGGCAAAAUUCUGCCGGUGGCCACGGGUCCCCAACUGCUGGAUCCUCGGCGACUCCAUGCUACGAUGUCGUGGAAAGGCGUGCGUACUGUGAUCAUUGGGUUCUCGAUCCGGGAACCUACUAAGGCUAGCCGCUCCUUGAAGACCACCUGGAAAAGGCUCUCGGGACUGCAGGAUGUGUCGCAGACAGAUGAAGCUGUAUCGGGCGGAAUCACGCCGUCAGUCCGUCUACUCGAGCAAAAAGCUGGAGAGGAGGGUGACACCUUCCAUGGACACUUGGUCCAGGCUCGCAAAGACAACUUCGGCGAUCCGAUCACCGUUCAGUGGCGAGGCAAAGUCCACUCCUUCGUUGAUGGUUGUGGGCUUAACAGUCCGGGUCGCUGGCGCCCUACCGCUCGGGGAAGGGGGCUCUCCAAAGGGGCCGACGAGUUCGUGAAUGCUCUUCGGAGCCUUCUUGAUGACUUCAUCAGGACAGAGAUAGUGGACCCACAGCGGGCAUAUUUCAUGUUGGCUCUGGGCAAGUAUGAGGAAGCACCUUUCUCGGUUCAGGCCAUGGAUCGUCUACGUAGGUCUUGGUUCGCUCUGCUAGAAGAUCCUUCAGCGGCCGCUCUCCAGGAGCCCGGGCAACCGUUCUUCUUGGAGGCGCUCUCGCAGACUUGUCGGGCUAUGGGAGAUGAAGACUGGGAGGUUCUCACUCGUGCAGAGGACAACUAUGCUCGUGGGCGGAGAUUGGGAGUGGAUCGACCCUUUCCUCGCGUGGUGGCAGUCUUCAGGCCAAAGGGGGCAAUGGAGAUCCAGCAGGAGGAUGGCCAUCGACUCCUGAUCGGAAUCGCUGCGGACAUUGCAAAGGCACAUCGAAGAUACAAGCAUGCACCUGAAGAUCAUGGUUACCUAGGGUGCCGGGCUAGGCCGGACGGUCCGAUCUGGAUCAACCGGGUGGGGACGUUCGGUGUGGCCUGCGCUGCUUACCACUUCGCCAGAUUGGCUGGGCUGAUAGGCCGUGGAGCCCUUCGCAUCGCGCUGCAGGCCUCGAUCUUCCAGAUGCUCUUUGCAGAUGACCUGCAGAUCAUGGCGGGUGGAGAGCAGAAGUACCACGACCUUUGGGUGUUUGCCUGGAUUAUUGGUUUCUACUUUGAUUACUUUCGGUUCAAAGUGGGACUGUCUGAGCGUCGGGCAAACUGGCUCAUCGAGUUCAUCACGGAUCUGCAGAGGGGCCGAGGUAUGAUUGAGCAUCGGCGCUUCACUGAGUUUGUGGGGCGAUUAGUCUACGCUGGACAAGUCCUAUAUUGGCUCCGGCCGUUUAUGGGGCCACUUCACCGCUGGAAGGCUGCUAUCACUCCUGGAACCGUGGCUCUGGUUCCCCGUAUGGUGAUGGUGGUUCUUCGCUACAUCUUGACGUUGCUGCAAGAGAAGCAUUAUCUUGUCUGCUGUAAGUCCCCACCUUUGAUGCUUCGCGAAGCCUUUCGCACGGAUGCGAAAGCAGAGGAUGAUUUCUUCGUGCUGGGUGGAUGGGAAACGCUGCACAGCUUUGAGCCAAAGAAGUGCCGUUGGUUUUCUGUCCGUGUCUCUGCUGCUGAUUAUCCUUUCUUGUUUAAUGCACAAGGGACCGCGAAAGGAAUGAGCACUGUCGCCGAGCUUCUUGCUACGUGGCUGGGGCUGCACUUAUUCGGAUGGCUGGAUGUGGCUGGGCAGAGUUUCACGGUUUCUGCUGGGACGGACAAUCUGGCAAAUGAGCUGGUCAUGCGCCGUCAAGGAACCACGAAAUUCCCAUUGACGUAUGUCUAUAUGCAGCUGGAGUACGAUCUGUUCCGCUGCGGAGGCCAUAUGAACUUGAACUGGCGACCGCGUGAACUCAACACUGAGGCGGACGACUUAACGAAUGAACGGUUCAGUGCCUUCGAUUUAGCUCUUCGGAUUGAUGCAAAGUUUUCUGAUGUUCCGUGCAAGCUCCUUCUUGAUUUGGCAAGUUUUCACUCUGAAAUGCUUGAAUGGCGAAAAGGGGGAGAAGGAAGUGCCCCUCCAGCACCUUUGACAAAGAAGCAGAAGCUGGCCACUAAGACGAAGUGGUAA